AUGGCUAUGCUUGCUGCAAAGUCUCCAUACCCUACGCCGUCGCUGGGUGGAGGUUCCUCGCAGUCAACAUCUCAGUACAACGCCACCAUGAACAACUACCGCAACCAUGCUACAAACGCGCGGACGGACCAGUCCAUGUUCGUCUCGCCCACAGAGUCCGAGUUCUCUGAGAUCUACGACGCUCCUGAUGCCGUUCGAAAUUGGGACGAAGACAGGGUCAUUGAUUGGCUGAAAAGCAUCAAUUGUGCCCAGUACAUCGAGCUGUUCAGAAAAAACAACAUCAACGGUGAAAACCUGAUGGAGAUGGACCAAACACAUCUGCGAGACAUGGGCAUCAAGAAAGUGGGCGACCGUGUCCGCAUCGGUUCACAAGCGAAGCAGCUGCGGAAUAAAGAGUUCAAGAAGGCUUCACGACGGACAUCGAACAGGCAAUCACUAGCUACACUCGACAACUCCGCGUACACUCCACCUUCUGGCUCGCCACGGCCGUUGCACCCUGCCACUCGGGCAGCUGCCGUUAGCUCACGGACCGAGAAGCGUAUGUCACGACAGAUCACCACGGCGGAGAUGAGCUACGCAUACGGCACGAAGUCUCCAUCUCGGCCUAGCUCUCCAUUAGUGGAUCAAGAGAACCGUGGACUUAGAACUCAACGUCAAGGAGGUCUGAAUAGCCCCAAGGAACCUGGCAAGACAUACGGUGCCCACCCUCUCAGCGCCCGUUAUGCGCCAAACCAACGGACUACGCCCACAGAGACUCCACAAACCGCUCGAUUCGGAAACCAUGUGCGAGCCAGUCCCAGUCUUGACAGCGCUACCAACAGCAUGAUCUUACCUCAGGACAAAGCCUUCAUUCGAGUCAUCUAUGAUGGUGGGCGAACCUCGGUGCUCAACAUUGAGGGAUGCAAGACGGCUGAGGAGGUGAUGCUGAAGACGCUCAGAAAAGGAACGCUCAAUGAGGCGCAUGUCAAGAACUACUGCUUUUACAUUCUUAACAGUGCCGAGCCAGACCCAUCACUCGCUGAACGCUUGAGCGACAUUGAGCUCUUCAGACUCUGCAAAGACGCCAACCGGCACGAACGAGGGCGGCUGAUUCUGCGCAAAGUGCACGCCGGAGAACCCAGCGAGGAGCAACUCGCGGCUGCUGCCAGUAUCUACGCCCAGCAGAAUUUUCAGCAAACACAGAACAUCUAUGUACCGGCGACCAACAGGAGUCAGCUCAAGAUCGAAAAGUUGACUGGCGAAUCUCUUGCGGCUGUCAGCUACCCGCUUUCGCCUGCGUCCGCACGAGAGCGUGAGCGACACAUCAACUCAACUGCACAGAACUUGGAGGGCCCUGACAGCUCUGUACGAUCGCCGGUCUACCAUGCACGUGCUCGCAAGCUCAAGCAGUUCUACGGCGCUCGACCGCCUAGUGAGCUGAUUACCUCCGACCUGACGUCCUACUUCCCAGACGUCCAGAAGGAUGAGAUCGACAAGACAGUUCGCAUGUCUGUCCGUCGCUCGCGUCGCUUGAGUAAAGCUGCGUCUCGCCUCUCAAUGGCGUCAAACUUCAGCGUGGCUUCUAGCCUGAAAGACGCACCACCUCUACCCUCCAUUGCCGACAGCUGGCUUCAAGGUGGCAACCAGGCUCGACCUUUGAGACCUCUUUCGGUAAUGAGACUCGGCUUGCCCUCGCAGCACGGCUACCGCGACUCGAUGGCAUCAUCAGUACUAGAACCACUUGACGAAGAGUCCCCACUGGAGCCUAACAGAAAGUCGUACGUUUCGUUUGGUGAUGGCAGCGGGUCCGACACUCUAGCCGUGACAGAUCCAGACGGCAACACCACUCUGCAAUCGUAUUUUGACGACGGUGGCAGCAGUCUUGCUGGCAGCAGCACCGAGAACACCGAGAACGGUGACUCACUCAACAAGCGCCUCUCUGAAGCCAUUGCGGAAGAUGGCGAAGAAUAUGAUGAUGAGCUGGCCGAAUACCUUGAACAAGAUUCGUGGGAGAACGUCAAGUACAUGAAGGGGGCUCUCAUUGGACAAGGUUCCUUUGGUAGCGUGUACCUUGCGCUGCAUGCCGUAACAGGUGAACUCAUGGCUGUCAAGCAAGUCGAGCUUCCUUCUGCAGCUGGUACAUCACAGAUGGAUCACAAGAAGACGAACAUGGUGGAAGCUCUGAAGCACGAAAUCGGCCUGCUCCGGGAGUUGAAGCACAAGAAUAUCGUGCAGUACCUGGGCUCCAACUCAGACGAAAGCCAUCUUAACAUUUUCCUCGAAUACGUUCCCGGUGGAUCAGUUGCAACAAUGCUGAUCAACUACGGCCCACUGGGCGAAUCACUCAUCCAGAAUUUUGUGCGCCAAAUUCUCACCGGUCUCUCAUACCUGCACUCAAGAGACAUCAUUCACCGCGACAUCAAGGGUGCGAACAUCCUCGUCGACAACAAGGGCUCUGUUAAGAUCUCCGAUUUCGGUAUCUCGAAGCGUAUCGAACAGUCCACCUUGGGCGGCGGCAAGAAGGGAGCUCAACGUGUGUCCCUUCAAGGUUCUGUCUUCUGGAUGGCACCGGAAGUCGUCCGUCAGACAGCAUACACUCGCAAAGCCGAUAUUUGGUCGCUAGGCUGCCUCAUCGUUGAGAUGUUCUCGGGAAGCCACCCUCACCCAAGCUUGACACAACUUCAGGCCAUCUUCAAAAUCGGUGGCAGUGGCGAUGCUAGCCCUACCAUUCCGGACAACGCUGGCGAUGAUGCUCGAGCUUUCCUGUCUCAGACCUUCCUCAUCGACCACGAGAAGCGGCCAAGUGCUGACGAGCUGCUUGCAAGUCCCUUCAUAACAAACCAAGGCGCUUGA